GCGCAAUGCUAUCGCGCACAGAGUAUUUAUUAGUGCUUGAUCCUCAGUACUAUCUGACUUCAGCUAGUAUUCACUUGUCUGCUGGACAUUUUAUUUUUAUUAUAAGUUAUUAUAAUGGCUGGUCGUAAAAGACCUUAUGUGUGUGGUAACUUCCUUCCUAAGUUAAAUAUCGAUUACACAAAGAAGAAGUCUCCUAAAGAAAAGAGAGUCAGGGAUGAUAAGGAUGCAGUUCUCGACAUGCUGUUUGCAGCAUUUGAAAAACAUCAGUAUUACAACAUCAAGGACUUGCAAAUGAUCACAAGGCAACCUAUGGUAUAUCUGAAAGAGAUAUUGAAGGAAAUAUGUAAUUACAACUACACGAAUCCUCACAAGAACAUGUGGGAAUUAAAGCCUGAAUACCGCCAUUACAAGUUAGAGCAGGCUGCGGAAACUAAGGAGGAAAAGAACAGCUCUGAUAGUGACUAGAUCAGAGUCUGAUUACCUAGAGAGUGCUCUAGGCAAGCACCUUAUACGCGCCUCAAAUCAACCAAUCAACAAAAAAAAGGUUUAAUACGAACAAGGUAUAAAAUAUUGACUGUUGAAUAUGUACAAAAUUGUUGAAAUAUUUGGUUUUUUAUUAGGUAUUUCAUAGUAUUUCAAAUCAUAGAAGCAUGUAGUACCUAUAGUAAAAUAUUUUGUCUGUUUGUGUGGUUUAUGUCAACCUUCGUGUCUGCCUACAUCUAUAAAAUGUAUUUAAUGUUUCAUUAUGAAAUUACAUGUGUUAUCAGUGUUAUAAAA